AAUCUCCAGUCUGAGCGGUGGUAUAUACAGCAAUACCAUCACAUCAUUUAACCUUCAAACUCCGUUUUUAAUUUUCAAUGACAAAAAUGAUGAACGUGUUCGCGAUGAGUUUGUUUCUGAUUUCUCUUGCAGGUAUGUUCUCUCCUACUCCGUCCGCAGAUCAGAAGCAAGCAGAAAGCACCAUUGUCAAAGAAGGCCAUCGGGUUGUCGUCGUUGAAUUCGAUGGAGAUGGUUAUCAGAACACCAAAAUCUCCAUCUCACCAGAGCAGCAUGCAGAUUCUGACACCGGUGAUGUUCUCAACACCGCCAAGGAGAAGAUGAAGGAGGUGGCAUCUGUUCUCCCUAACGUGGGGCAAGGAUUAUCCUCCCAAGCACACGAUGCUGCCUUCCUCCAUGCUUCCAAGGACCUCAUCUGUGACGCCUAUGGAAAGUGCAAGUAUAAGAUAGCCAGCGCCGUAGAGAAAGCUAAGGAAAAGGCCCACGACGUUAUCGACUUCGAGAGAGAGUCGCUGGCAAAGAAGAAAGAGAUGGCGCGUGGUGCAGUUGAGAAGGCCAAAGAAACCGUUUACGAUAAAGCUCAUGAUGCUAAAGAGUAUACAAAAGAAGCUGUGGAGAACGUAAAGGAACAUGGGGAAACCCUCAAGAAUGAUGUGGUUAUGAACGUCACGGAAGGGAAUGAUAUGCUUUUGGGGGUUCGGGUAGCAAUGAGGCGAGUAGCUGCUGUAUAUUUGGGAUCCAUGGACAAUUUGGAUUCAUUGAUGAGUGUGGCUAAUUUGAUGGGAUUUACAACUGCUUAUGGACUAUGUGUUUGGGUUACUUUCUUCUCAAGCUACGUACUAUCGAUGAUUAUGCCGAGACAGCAAUUUGCGGUGGUACAAAGUAAGAUAUACCCUGUAUAUUUCAAAGCUAUGGCUUAUAGUAUUGGGAUGGCUUUGGUGGGCCAUGUCUUUGGCCAUACGACCAAGGUGUUUUCCCAUAAAGCUGGGAUAUUUCAAGCUUAUAAUCUUCUUGCCGCACUUUUCACUGUUUUUGCCAAUUCUGUUUACUUGGAACCUCGUGCUACUAAGCUGAUGUUUGAAAGGAUGAAACUGGAGAAAGAAGAAGGAAGGGGAAGAGAGGAUAUGAUAGGUGAGCGUCCCAUUACAGAAGAGCAUCAACAUCACAGUACUACUGAUCCUAAUGAAAUCGGUACAAAUGCUGCCACCACCCCAGUCUCGGCCUCAGGAGCAGCAACAACCACAGUAGGUGCAGAGCAGGACGCAUUCAGAUCGAAGAUUCUCAAACUUAAUGAGAAGCUGAAGAAGUUGAAUUCAUACUCCUCCAUCUUAAACAUCCUCACUCUCAUGUUUCUUACUUGGCAUCUAGUCUAUUUGGCUCAGAGUGUUCAUGACGGCCCAUGUUAAGUUAAAAAAUACUUAGCAGUAGUUGUUUUCUAUGAUGGUACAUGCUUGUAAAUGUGUGUUUUAUGUUUGUGAUGACUAGUAUAGUUAAUCUCUAGAUUUAUAUCUUUCAUAGGCAAGUAGGCAAAGCAUAUGUUUGUGAAGUACUCGCGUUCUAGUUUUUUUUU